AUGAGUACAGCUAUUGCAAUGGCUCCUUCACCUGUACCUCACGAUAGAUCAUCAUAUGUUGAUAUCACACCCUCGAAACCUUCGAAUUCUCCUCCGGCGCAAAGAGUACCUACCUCGGCCACACCGAACGCAACAAUGGCAGCACAACGUACAGGGAGCGGAAGCCCAAAAUCAACUCCAACAAAACCUUCACCUACUACUAGUUCUCGAAAUGGUCCACCGCCCAAGAUAAUUGUGAAAAAGGAACCAUCCUCGCCUGAAAUCACAGCUUCUUCCCGUCAUAGACCUCGAAAGCUUGACCUGACCAAAAACACCUCAAGUGUCCAUCCGGGUACUGGAAGACCAUCAGCUAGUCAAUUGACAGGUAGAGGUGCUGAGUCUGGUGGACUGGGUAUUCAAGACGUCGGAUUAGCAUGUCUCUCGCCAGGCUUUGUCACACAAGAUCCAACGAUGCGAGAACAAUUACAGCGAAGUUUAUCUGUCCGUGAACAACAGAGGCAUAUCAUUGAGUCACGAUUACAACAAACUGCAAAGCCAGGUGAUGCGCCAAUGGAGAGUGCUAAAGAAAGGGAAUUGAGUGGGUUGCCAGCGAAGACACCAGGUACAUCGAGGAGAAAGGCGCCGCCAGGAUUAAGCAUUGUUGCACCGUCCCACGAGCAAUUCGCAAACGAAAGAGUUAUCCAAUCCGCUCCUAUGCACCACAGCUUUCCUGGUAGACAUCAACCACAACCUUUGACCCGUCACGUCGCCAACCAACCUUCGAAUCUUUCCAACACAUCUCACAUUCACCACGUCCCUGCUACUCAAACUGCCAACAGACUACCACCAAUCGCGGAUGUCUUCGCGGCUGAAAAUCUAGGCGCACACCGUGAAUCACCACGAGCUAACAUGUACCAAAAUUCAAAUUCAAAUUCGAAUUCUUCGCAUUCCAACUCGAGGCCAGGCUUCCCAUCUCCAGGACAUGCACCACAGCCACCUGCAUCCGCAGGACAUCAGCGUCCUCGUGAAUACCGUUCUGCUGAGGAUGCACAAGCUGAUUUAGCUGGUGGCCGUGCUGAACUUUUACCUAAGCUCGUACACUAUGGAGGUCACCAACCACCUACACCUCCUUCACCCACAAACGUCAACUCAAGAGCUUCAGAGGCUAGUCGAAGCAGUGGUAGAAGAAGACCUAGAGCAGAAUACGAGGAAGGAGCUAGUCCACCCCUCGGACAAGGUCCUCCAACUUCAAGAAGAACUGGGCCAUUUGGUGAAGGACGAGACAGUCCAAUGACCACACAACAGAAGAAGGAAGAGUUCUUGCGCCUGUGUACUCGGGCGUGGGAUCUCCUCCAUUCUUAG